GUGUGUUUUGAGAGCGUGUGACAUAAAACAGCAAGGCAGUGCUGGCAGUCAGUACCACUAAGCUUUGUCCCUGGCACUAAGGAAAGACUCUCCACCUAGAGCUCUACGCUACAGCAGCACCACAGAGAUUAGAAUUGACCACAAAUGAUCACAUUGAAUUGAAUCUCAGCAGUCACUGAAUUAUGAGUUUGCAUCACUCUCUGGCUGGAUUAAUUCGAAUUUAAUCGUAAUUUGUUUUCCCUUCCUUUUGCAUUGUCUUCAGGUCUAAGCUUGUGUUGUGGUCAUGGGGUCUAUAAUUUCAUUUUUGUCUAGGCUGAUGAGGGGUCUCCCUGUACUGUAAAAGCGGAUGCCAGGUGGAUCUAUGUUAAGAGACAAAAAAAAAAAAAAGCGAAGGGAAAAAAGUGGAAGUUUAAGACCGAGGAGAAUGCAGGUUAAGUGUUGGUGCGCUGUCCUCCUCCUAACUGCUACAUACGUGGUUACUUGUGCUAAUGCUGCCGUUGCAGGGAAAUCAGAACUUCUCAAAUCAGGAAGCCCCAAAUCUACCUUAAAAAACAUAUGGACAGAAAGCAGUAAAGACUUGUCUAUCAGCCGACUGCUAUCACAGACUUUACAUGGCAAAGAAAAUACCACUGCUUUAGACCUGCGAUAUGAUACUCCAGAACCAUAUUCUGAGCAGGACCUUUGGGACUGGCUGAGAAACUCCACAGACCUCCAGGAACCACGGCCAAGAGCCAAAAGACGGCCAAUUGUCAAAACAGGGAAGUUUAAGAAAAUGUUUGGUUGGGGAGAUUUUCACUCCAAUAUUAAAACUGUCAAGCUCAACCUGCUGAUAACUGGGAAGAUUGUGGACCAUGGGAAUGGAACAUUCAGUGUCUACUUCCGUCACAACUCCACCGGCCAGGGGAAUGUAUCUGUGAGCCUGGUUCCCCCAACCAAGAUUGUAGAGUUUGAUUUGGCACAACAGAGUGUGAUUGAUGCCAAAGAUUCCAAGUCUUUCAAUUGUCGCAUUGAGUAUGAAAAGAUUGACAAGGCAACCAAGAACACACUCUGCAACUAUGACCCCUCUAAAACGUGUUACCAGGAGCAGACACAAAGCCAUGUGUCAUGGCUCUGCUCCAAGCCAUUCAAAGUGAUCUGUAUUUACAUCUCUUUUUACAGCACUGACUACAAACUAGUGCAAAAAGUGUGUCCAGAUUACAACUACCACAGUGACACUCCCUACUUCCCAUCUGGUUGAGGCUGGUUCAGUUUGGAGUUUGAGGAAAAAUAGGUCUUUAACAAGGCUCUGGUCUCAGAGAAAUGGUCUAUUUGCACUGUCCUGAAUGCGUGCACUUUUAAAUGGUGAUGCAGUUUGAGGAAAAGUUGUGCCAUUAUUAUUAUUAUUAUUAUUGUUAUUAUUAUUAUUAUUAUUAUUAUUAUUAUUAUUAUUAUUAU